AUGGAAAAUGUCGCUGUUAAUAACGGCUCUGUUCUUGGUUCCUCUGAACGGACUGUUACCGAGAUUCCUACGAUGCCUGCGAGUGGUAGCCUCUCAUCGGCUCAUCACUUUGUUUCGUUAAAGUUGACCUCCCGGAAUUCUCUAUUCUGGCGAACUCAGAUGCUUCUGUUUCUUGAAGGCCAAGGGCUUCUAGGGUCUAUUGAUGGUUCUACACCCUUUCCGACGGCAUCGCCGUCGCUGGCAUCAACCGCGGACAGCGCCCUGGCGGUGGUUUCCGAUCUCCCGACACGGCAGCUCGCGUGGCGCCGGCAAGACAAAGCCAUCUUCUCCAUGCUCAUCUCCUCUUUAUCCAAGGACACUCUUCGCUUUGCCGACGGCAAGGGCACCACGUGGCAGCUUUGGAAGGUAAUCGAACAAACCAUAGGUUCGUCUACCAGCUCUCGUGCACUCUGGCUUCUCGGCGAACUUCAGGGGCUCCGUCAAGGUGAUUCCUCCAUAUCUGAUUACCUUGGUCGUGCCCAGAUGUUGAUUGAUGAAUUGGCUCUCGCCGGUCGUCAUGUUGAGUUGGAUGAUCAGAACUUAUAUGUGUUUCACGGUUUACGCCCGGAUUUCCGACCAUUGGUGGCAACCCUAGCCCGCGGUGGUCUUGUUCACCUACCAGAGGUUGUGGAUUUUCUUGUUUCGCAGGAAUGA